AUGUGCCCGGAGGAGGGCGGCGCGGCCGGGCUGGGCGAGCUGCGCUCCUGGUGGGAAGUCCCGGCCAUCGCGCACUUCUGCUCGCUCUUCCGCACCGCGUUCCGCCUGCCCGACUUCGAGAUCGAGGAGUUAGAAGCAGCUCUUCACAGAGAUGAUGUAGAAUUUAUCAGUGACCUGAUUGCCUGUCUGCUUCAGGGCUGCUAUCAACGAAGGGAUAUUACGCCUCAGACAUUCCACAGCUACCUAGAAGACAUCAUCAACUACCGCUGGGAGCUUGAAGAAGGAAAGCCCAACCCUCUGCGAGAAGCCAGCUUCCAGGACCUGCCUCUGCGCACUCGCGUGGAGAUCCUGCACCGCCUCUGUGAUUAUCGGCUGGACGCGGACGAUGUCUUCGAUCUUCUCAAGGGUCUGGAUGCAGACAGUCUCCGCGUGGAGCCACUGGGUGAAGACAAUUCUGGGGCACUCUAUUGGUAUUUCUAUGGGACACGAAUGUAUAAGGAAGACCCGGUACAAGGAAAAUCCAAUGGAGAACUCUCUUUGAGCAGGGAAAGUGAAGGACAAAAGAAUGUCUCAAGUGUUCCUGGGAAAACAGGAAAAAGAAGAGGAAGACCCCCGAAGCGGAAGAAACUACAGGAGGAAAUUAUAGCGAGUGAAAAGCAGGAAGAAAACUCCUUGGCAUCUGAGCCACAGACAAGAAAUGGGUCCCAAGGGCCAGGUCAAGGCACUUGGUGGCUCCUGUGCCAAACAGAAGAAGAAUGGAGACAGGUCACUGAGAGUUUUCGGGAGAGGACCUCCCUUCGAGAGCGGCAGCUCUAUAAGCUCCUCAGUGAGGACUUCUUGCCUGAGAUCUGCAACAUGAUUGCCCAGAAGGGAAAGCAUCCUCAGCGCACAAAGGCAGAGUUGCAACCUAGGUGUAUGUCUGACCACCUGUCCGCCAAACCCAUGAAGCGAGAGGAGACACCUGUACUUACCAGAAUAGAAAAACAGAAGCGCAAAGAAGAGGAGGAAGAACGUCAAAUUCUUCUCGCAGUGCAGAAGAAGGAGCAGGAGCAGAUGCUGAAGGAAGAGAGGAAACGAGAGCUGGAGGAAAAGGUCAAGGCAGUGGAAGAUCGAGCCAAAAGGAGAAAGCUCAGGGAAGAAAGGGCAUGGCUGCUGGCUCAAGGGAAAGAGCUUCCCCCAGAACUUUCCCAUCUGGACCCUAAUUCCCCCAUGAGGGAAGAAAAAAAGGCUAAAGACCUCUUUGAGUUGGAUGAUGAUUUCACUGCCAUGUAUAAAGUUCUAGAUGUGGUAAAGGCGCAUAAGGAUUCCUGGCCUUUUUUGGAACCUGUGGAUGAAUCUUACGCCCCUAACUAUUACCAGAUUAUUAAGGUCCCCAUGGAUAUUUCAAGCAUGGAGAAGAAACUGAACAGUGGUUUAUACUGUACCAAGGAGGAAUUUGUAAAUGACAUGAAGACUAUAUUCAGGAAUUGUCGAAAAUACAAUGGGGAAAGUAGUGAAUAUACCAAGAUGUCUGAUAAUUUAGAGAGGUGUUUCCAUCGGGCAAUGAUGAAGCAUUUUCCUGGUGAAGAUGGCGACACAGAUGAAGAAUUUUGGGUCAGAGAAGAUGAAAAGCGAGAGAAGAGACGGAGUCGUGCGGGGCGAAGUGGCGGAAGUCAUGUUUGCACCCGCUCCAGGGACUCCGAAGGGCCCAGCAGGAAGCAGCAGCCUGUGGAGAAUGGGGGGAAGUCCUUGCCACCUGCGCGCCGAGCCUCCUCCGGGGAUGAUCAGAGCAGCAGCUCCGCACAGCUCCCUCGGGAGCUGGGGACCUCCAAUGGCCGAGGCUUCUCCCGUCCCCCGCAUUAUGGUGGGAUGCCCAACCAGGCACCCCUCUUAAACCAGAUGAGGCCAGCAGUCCCGGGAACGUUCGGUCCUCUUCGAGGGUCAGAUCCCGCCAGCUUACAUGUGUCCUGUAGAGUCCCCGAACCACACCCUGGAGAGCCUGCACAGCAGCAUCAGCCUUUUGCCAUGCAGCCUCCCGUUGGAAUUAACAGCCACCGAGGACCCAGGCUAGGCACACCUGAAGAGAAGCAAGUGUGUGGGGGUCUGACACACCUUUCUAACAUGGGGUCACAUCCUGGAUCCUUGCAGCUUGGGCAAAUGAGUGGCCCUACUCCGGAUGGAAAUAUGUUUCCUCCAGCUCAAUUCCAACCAGGAUUUAUUCCUUCCAGGCAUGGAGGGGCUCCACCCCGACCCCCAGACUUUCCUGAAACCUCAGAAAUUCCUCCCAGCCAUAUGUACCGUUCAUAUAAGUACCUGAAUCGAGUACACUCUGCUGUCUGGAAUGGGAACCAUGGUGCUACAAACCCAGGAUCCCUGGGGCCAGAUGAGAAGUCCCCAAUGGGGCCAGGACCCUCUCACCAGCCUCGUACUCUCGGUCACAUGAUGGAUUCCCGAGUGAUGAGACCACCUCUCCCCCCAAACCAGUGGACUGAACAAUCAAGCUUUCUACCUCAUGGAGUUCCUUCUUCAGGGUAUAUGCGACCACCCUGUAAAUCUGGUGGACAUCGGUUACAGCCACCUCCAGCCCCAGCACCAAGUUCGCUGUUUGGCGCGCCCUCCCAGGCUCUGCGGGGGGUGCAAGGAGGGGACUCCAUGAUGGAUAGCCCAGAGAUGAUCGCCAUGCAGCAGCUCUCCUCCCGCGUCUGCCCACCAGGUGUGCCUUACCACCCCCACCAGCUUACUCCCCCCCAUCUACCUGGCCCUUUUCCACAGGUGGCUCACUCACCAUCUGUAAGUGUGUCAGCCCCCAAGCCUGUCUUGGGGAACCCUGGGAGGACGCAGGAUAGCAGUGACACACACGAUCCUGAGAAUGACCAAGAUACCAUGCCUGGUCUUGAGGAGAAACCACCAAGUGUUGGUGCUUCAGAGGGGGUGUACCUCAAACAACUACCUCACCCUACGCCUCCCCUGCAGACUGACUGUACCAGGCAGAGCUCACCACAAGAGAGGGAAGCAGAGGACCCAGACCUCAAAAGUGACUCUUCAGAAUCUGGAGACAACUGUAAAGCAACAAAAAGCAAGAGUGCCUGGUCCUCAGAUAGCAGCUAUACCAGCCCAGCAGCCCAAGGAUGCAUGAAGGAUGUCUCCACUCUGGCAGAUAGAGAGUCGCUACCCGAAAAUGGAGUGAUUGUGGAAGUAUCCCCUUGUGGAUCACAGGUGAAGGGGCUUGGUGGUGGUGGUUCAGAAAAGCCACUCUGUCCCAGAGGAAAAAUGCUGCAGGAAACCAUACCAUGUGCAGGACAGAACCCAACUACACCUCCCAGUGCAGACCCAAGUUUGAUGGGAGGCACUGUAAACCAGUUUUCUCCCUUGUACAUGCCUGGCCUGGAAUACCCAAAUUCGGCUACACAUUACCACGUCAGUCCAGGCCUACAAGGCUUGGGCCCUGUCAUGGGAAGUAAACCCUCAGUAUCGCAUCCUCAGCAUUUUCCCCCUAGAAGCUUUCAGUCUAACAACCCUCAUUCAGGAGUCUUUCCCCGAUACCGCCCCCACCAAGGAAUGAGGUAUUCCUAUCAGCCACCACCCCAGCCUUCCUACCAUCACUAUCAGCGAACUCCUUACUACACAUGUCCACAGGGCUUUUCUGACUGGCAGAGGCAUCUCCAUCCCCCAGGAAGCCCAAGUGGCCCAGCUCCUAGCCAGCCUCCCCCACCAAGACACCUCUUCUCAGAUAAGAGCACCGUGGCCGGUGUGCAAGGCUGUGAGACACUGAAUGCUGCCUUAACUUCCCCAAGCCGAAUGGAUGUGGUGGCUGCUAAGGUGAUUGCAAAUGAUGGGCAGAAUCCUGGUCCAGAAGACGAGAAGCUGGAUGAAUCUGUGGAGAGACCAGAGAGUCCCAAAGAAUUUUUAGACCUGGACAACCAUAAUGCAGCUACCAAGCGACAGAGUUCACUGUCAACCAAUGAAUAUCUUUAUGGAACUCCUCCUCCACCUCUGAGUUCAGGGAUGGGAUUUGGUUCUUCUGCUUUCCCUCCCCAUGGUGUGAUGCUACAAACAGGGCCUCCUUACACACCGCAGCGGCCCACCAGCCAUUUCCAACCCAGGGCCUACUCGUCUCCUGUAGCUGCUCACCCACCUCACCACCCAGCAGCUGCCCAGCCUAAUGGCCUCUCUCAGGAGGGCCCCGUCUAUCGCUGUCAGGAGGAAGGCCUGGGUCACUUUCAAGCUAUAAUGAUGGAACAAAUUGGCACUGGAAGUGGAAUGAGGGGACCUUUCCAGGAAAUGUACAGACCAUCAGGAAUGCAGGUGCAGCCAGCCCAGGCGCAGUCCUUAUUCCCAAAGACCCCAACACCAGCAGCAUCCCAGGAAGAGCUGCCCCCACAUAAGCCCCCGACAAUUCCUCUUGAUCAGAGCUAGUCCAUGGAGGAAAUAACCCCCAAGGAAAUGGAAAGCUGCACAUGAAGACUGGAACACGGAGAAUGUGGGGUGCGAUCCUCCCAUCUCUCUCCCUACCACCCGCCACACCCUCCACGGAGCCAUUGCCAGGGCCCUAGAAGCACACUCCCCAGAUCACUAGCGCAGCUCACAUAGCACCUGGGUCAGAGCUGGAUCUCUUGCAUAAAUAAUAGACUGUCAAGAACAAACGAACUAGAAGUAGUGAUGGCUUUUCAAGUCCUGAGGCUUGUCCAGGGGAAUCAUCUGAAGCUCGGGGGGGCAGGGGGGCAUACUUGAGAAUGGAGUGGUGCUUGUAAACUCUCAUGAGCAGCUAAACUCAGGUAUAUAUUUGGGGAGGGACUACUCGUAGUAUUAAUGUGUUUGGAGCUGGGUCCAGUUUACAGAAUUUUCAUGUUGCCUUUAAAAUAAGUUUUGUUGUUGGUGGUGAAUGUAUUGUACAUAG